CCACUCUGCGAGUCACGCGGCACGCCUCUCUGCCUCGCCCUCUCACGCCUCUCUGCCCGCUCACUCUCUCUGCCUCCACGCACGCCGCCACGCCCUCAAGCAUAACGGCACCACGCCCACGAUCUUCUCUUCGCCCGAUCAAGGUAUGGUUCAAUUUCAUUUUUCAUUUUUCCCUUUCUUAAAUAAAUAAAAAAAGGCUGUAAAUGGUUGUUUGAUAUGAGCUAUGGUUUAUGAUUUUAAUGUUUUCGGAUCUGGGUUUUUUGGGGGGUUUUGGUUGUGACAUUAUUUUCUUUGUGCGAUGAAUUGAUUGUUUGAUAUGAGUUACUGUUUAUGAUUUAUGUUUCAGAUCUUGUUCCUUUUUGCGGUUUUUGAUUUUAUUUGGUUUCUAUUUGUUUUGAGUGAUUGUUUGAAGGAAAAUAUUUUACCUCCUUCCAUUAAGACACAAUGGAAAUGUACAAGCAAGUGAUAUAUCUAGGGUAUGGGAGCUUCGGAGAGGUAUGGCUUGUGGAAAACAAAAAGACCACAGAACUCUUUGCCAUGAAAUGCAUUCAGUGUGGUCAACAGAUUGAUAACUAUGUGGCUAGAGAAAUCAUAAUCCAGAAAUCGCUUUAUCAUCCCAACGUAAUUCAAUUCAAGGAGAUAAAACUCACGUCGCUCCGAGACUCAGCUUUGUCAACGUUCCGAGUUUCAAUAAUCUGUUGAGAUCAGAAAUAUUCAUAAGUAAAGACAGGAAGCUGCGAGCCAUUCACUUGAUAUUAGACUAUGAGCCUCUGUCAAAAUCAUUCCAGGAUGUGGGCUAAGCAAUAAGAGCCAACGACCCCAGAUUAGCCCGCAUAGACGUUUUUGUGCCUGGGUUCUUGGCUUGAGACCUUCCACCAGUGGAGCUGCCUCUUUAACGCCUUCCCAAGGAAGUAGCUGCUCCGAAGGAGGAAACAACCUCUUCACGUCUAUCUCUCGAGGCCGAGAUUGACCAAUUUUGCCUUGAAGUAGAAGGUGAAGUGCCAGAAAGGCCAAUUGAACUCUCAAAUUCUGAAACUGAAUCCGACAGGUUUUUCGCGGCCUAUUCUCCGAGAUUAGUUGUUUCCUGGGUUGAUAAUAGUUUUGAAGAAGAGGAAGGGAUGGAACUGAAUACGAGGAGAGGCCUGAAAGCUUUAGUUGUUGGGAGAACAAGGGGUCCUCGUCUAAGGAGGUCCCCAAGUCCCAAAUUCCAGCCAAUCUUCCCCUUCCCCCUCCUUCCCCUGUAACCACAGUCGGACUGCUUCCUUGUCCAGACUUGAAGAAAAAGAGAAAAGUACAAGAAGUGGUAGAGGGCAAGGUGGUUUCUUUCAAGGGGGCCAAGCAAUCCAAAAAUGUUAAGGACAAACGGGCUUCCUCCUUGGAUAGUAGGGAGGAAUUUGGUGGGGCUAAGGUGCGUUGAGGGCCACGCACUUGGGCCCAUCGGAUGGAGCUGGAGAGUGCCCCCAUCCCCUAGGACGCUACAAUUUGGGAGUCUCAGAAAGGGCACGCCUCCUACUUUGCUGUAGAGCAGCCUUUUCUCCUUUCUAGAGACAUGGAGGCUCUUAGGCGCACGAGACAACCAGACCUCUUCAUGUCAUUGAAGAGGGACCUUGCUAUGAUUAGUUAAUCAACACCUUCUUGAGUCAAAUACUAAGAUACGCUUUCAUUCAUUAUAUGUGUAUAUAUAUAUGACCCCUUUGCUAUUUUUGUGCAAGUUACCCAACAAGUUUUUGUGGCUGAGGAGUGGGUCUGAAAUACUCGUAAUGAGGUUAGGGCUGAGGCCCAUUUCUGUGCUAAGGUUAAGAAGGCCCUUAGAGCCCUCAAGCAAGAGCACACGGAGUUAGCUGACAAGCUGACUACUGUAGAGAUGGCGCAUUUGAGUGCUGA